UGGUGGUGGUGGUUAUAAUAAUAAUGUUUGAGAGAUGAUGAUGGUGAGGAACUAUAUUGUUUUCAAAUAUUUUUUUAUUUUACUAGACAUCUGUGGUGAAGGAUGGACGUACUUCAAUGGUUUCUGUUACUUUACCAACUCGUCAUGUGCCACGUGGGAAGCAGCACUGUCAAGCUGUCUCAGUAGUAACGCUAGCCUAGCAAGCAUCACAAGCCAGGAAGAAAACAUUUACGUUCAACACAAACACGGUGGAGAAACUGGAUGGAUUGGACUGCAGGAUCGUCGGAGCAAUGGAAACUUUACAUGGAUCGAUGGAACUGAAGUGAAUUUUACUUACUGGGCACAAAUCCGUACAAACAAAUUCAGCAGCGAUCAAAAUUGUGUUCAUACUCUAGGGCCGAGUCUUGGUUAUUUGUGGAAAGACGUCACUUGUACUGCCUGUCACACUUUUACCUGUAAACGAGGUUUCCCAUUUAUAUCCUUUUCGGCGCGGUUCACCAAUCUUGGCGCAACAGGUCGUUUUGGUCCAACAUCUAUUGGUAGUCAUUAUGAUGGCCAAAGUAAUAAAGGUCAGGUUACUUUAUCAUCUGGAAUACAAAUAUGGAGGGUUCCACAUACUGGUUCUUAUAGAAUAGAAGCUGUUGGUGCAAGCGGCGGUUUUGAUACAGAAAUAAAUACUCGUAUUUACCGAGGACGGGGUGCUCAAAUAAUUGGAACAUUUAAAUUAUUCAAAGGAGAAUUAAUCAAAAUACUGGUUGGGCAAGAAGGUGGUAGCAUAAACGCUAAGGGGGGUUCCGCCGGUGGAGGAGGAGGUAGCUUUGUUGUUAGAAACCACAACACCCCCCUGAUCAUUGCUGGUGGAGGAGCUGGUAUCGAAAGCGCUACUCUUCGAUACUCCAAUGCUGAUGCUAGUGUAUACACAAAUGGUAAUGCUAAUGCCGGAGGGACUCAUUGGGAAGGAGGACGUAAUGGUAAUGGAGCAACAGCGGCUGACAGCGGAAAUUCAGGAGGUGGUGGUGGUGGUUUUUACUCGUCUGGCCGCAGCAGUACUAACUUCGGGGGAUCUCAAGGUAGAGGCGGAGAGGGAGGCAAAGGAUUUCUUCAAGGAGGAGCUGGAGGGAGAUCUUAUGUGAACUCAGUACCUGGUGGCUUUGGUGGAGGUGGUGGUGCUUAUGGCAGCACAACAGGUGGUGGAGCAGGGGGAGGAGGAGGAUACUCUGGGGGUGCUAGUGGGGACAAUGACGUUGAUUCCUCUGGGGGUGGUGGAGGGUCGUUUAACAUUGGAAUAGAUCAAAGUAAUAGUUGUUGCUAUAACGACAUGGGACAUGGAUAUGUCAUUGUUACAAGUGUUUGAAAAUGCCUUCCAUGUUUUCAUAGUUUUAGAAUUGAAGAACAUGUUUUCCUCUGUUUUUAAUUGGUCGGAUUCAAUUAUCCUCUACCACUUCUGAUAUUUAGGUUUUGUUAUGUUAUGUUCAUAACUCGCUUCAAAAUGGUAUUAGCUUCUUGAAUAUGGUUGUUUGUAAAAAGACUAGAAAGAGUUAUUGAGAUAGAGUGGUAAGCACUUUACGAGAUUAGUUUGGACAAAUGAGAUGAAAGGAAACUAAGUAACAUAUUGCCAUUUAGUUGCAUCAUUAUGCAGCAAGGGCGCUGAUUUUAGCCCUUCAGGGCUCUGUUAAUAUUGUAGCUGUAGUAAAUAUAUUUAAGCAAAAAUAUUCUAUAAAAGUGGGACAUACAAUAGUAACGGAGAUGAAGCAAGAUUAUCAUAAUUGAGUGUACUGUUAUGAAACUGAUUUAAAUAAAGAGGCAAACUUCAUGGAGAUUAAGUGGGAUUAUAAAAACACAUAAAGGUUGUAAAAUCAUACUCAGGAUAAGCAAUUUAAAGGAAAAAAAGGUGGAAUAAUGUUCUGUCUUGAAGAGUUACAACGGGUGGUACACAUGGAUCUUUUAUUCUUUCCACGGGAUGCUUGAAUUUAUUGUUAAUAAAUUGUACUGAAACGAAAA